UCUCCCGUGCGUCUGCGCGGGAAGUGGAAGCGAGCGGGGAGGCGAAGCGGUGUGCGGUCGGCCGGGUGGGCGGCUUCCGCUGCUCCGAGUCUUUCGCUGCUCGGCCAGCGGCCCGGCCUCUCGGCCGCCAUGCCAAUGAAGGGCCGCUUCCCGAUCCGCCGCACCCUGCAGUACCUGGCCCAAGGGGACGUGGUGUUCAAGGACUCCGUGAAGGUCAUGACGGUGAACUACAACACGCACGGGGAGCUGGGCGAGGGCGCCAGGAAAUUUGUGUUUUUCAACAUACCUCAGAUCCAGUACAAAAACCCUUGGGUCCAGAUCAUAAUGUUUAAGAACAUGACGCCGUCCCCCUUCCUGCGGUUCUAUCUGGAUUCCGGGGAGCAGGUCCUCGUGGAUGUGGAGACCAAGAGCAAUAAGGAGAUCAUGGAACACAUCAAAAAAAUAUUGGGCAAGAGCGAGGAAACCCUGGAGAGAGAGGAGCAGGAGAAAAAGCAGCUUUCUCACCCGGCUCACUUUGGCCCCCGCAAGUACUGCCUGCGGGAGUGCAUCUGCGAAGUGGAAGGGCAGGUCCCCUGCCCGGGCCUGGUGCCCUUACCCAAGGAGAUGACGGGCAAGUACAAAGCGAUGCUGAAAGCCAGCGCCCAGGACUAAGGCCCCUGGCUGUCCUCGGAGGGACUCUGAAAAUCUCUUGGCAUGAGGGUUCCCAUCACACAGCUGUGUGGAAGGACACGGGAGGGCUGGGAGAGUGUCUGCCAUUGAGCUGCUAGACCAUCUCUGCUCCAGGUCAAUAAAAUGCUUCCAGAUCUCCA